AUGGCAAUGAUUAUGGAUAUCAAUAGUAGUAAUCGCCUUCAGGCGAGCAAUUUUCUUUCACCAAAAGCAGUGUCAUUUCAUGGUUGCGAAGCAAGUACUUCAGAUAAUUUACAUGAACUCAGCAGUGGUAUUUAUGAUGCGGACUCAGGGUUCAUUGACAGGAUUUCGCCAGCACCAUUCGUGUCUUCGAUUUGCUCCAAAAUACUUGGAAAUAAAGUAGAAAAAGGCAAGUCAAGUUGGGGUUGUAAAAUGGCUGUUAGGGGUAAUUAUCAACAUUCCCAUUGGAGCUCAGGGCAAACUUCUUGUAGUUUUUUAAAAAUGGCUUUAAAACGACUUUACGCUCGAGAUGAUUUUGAAGUGCUCGAAUGCUUAGGCGAAGGGUUCUUCGGUGAUGUGUAUAAAGUACAGCACCGUAUAACUAAAGAGGUCAUGGUACUUAAAAUCGGUAAAGAACGAGGAAAUCGAAGGAGAGCUAAAACAAAUGUGCUUAAAGAAAUUGGCGUUUUAAAUCAGUUAACAUCGCAUCCUAAUUUAUUGUCUUUCCGUGGUGUUUGUGUUGAUUUGACUGAAAAAUCGUGGAAUUUACAUAUACUUAUGGACUUCUGUGAUGCGGGAAGUUUAAAUCGCCUUAUAUGUAACCGUCAAGAACGUUUCGGGUGGCAUUUGAGAUAUAGCUUAGCACGCGAUAUAUCAUAUGCCAUGGAUUUCAUGCACGCGAAAAAAAUUAUGCAUCGAGAUCUCACUAGCAUGAACGUGCUUCUGCAGACAGUUGAUUACGGCUAUUUGAAAGCAGUUGUGGCUGAUUUCGGUUUAUCUUGUAAAGUUCCUAAAAGUGGAGACAAAUUACCUCAAGUGGGCACCCCAUUUUGGAUGGCUCCAGAAUGUCUCAAGGAGGAAUUUUAUGAUGAAAAAGCAGAUGUAUUCUCUUUUGGAAUUAUACUUUGCCAAAUGGUAGCUAGGAUUGAUUCCGAUCCGGAAGCAGGACUUUAUCGAACUCACAAUUUUGGCUUGGAUCACAUUCGUUUCACAGCAUUAUGUCCUAGUGAUACUCCUUCUGAUUUUUUAAAUAUUGCAUUUCAGUGCUGCCUAAGCUUGUUAAAUCAUACUCAGUUCUCGAAUUAUGUACAUACAUUGUGCAUUUUGAAUAUGAAUCCUGUUUCUCGACCCAGUUUUACAUCCCUUUAUCACUUUUUUACCAAAUUCUUGUUAUCAAGUCAUUUGGUUGAUGAUGGAUCGCCUUUACAGUCAAUCGAAAAUGAUGGACGUUUAGGUCGGUCUUGGUCAGAUGCGUCUUUAGGAUAUUCCAAGCCUAAGCAGUCAGAGUUGUCAUUUAUUUUAAUCAACAAUGGUCGAGAUACUGAAACACGAAAUCAGUCCAAGUCGAUGGAUGUUGUUCCAUUUCUCGUGUUUAAAGAUGUCCCGUGUAAGAGUAUACUUCAAAUAAGUGAAAUUAGAAAACUGAAAAGAGAAAACCAAAUGCACAAACUUGCGAGAAGUAUCGCCAUGAAUGAGUUUUCCGAAGAGAUAUCUUUGGAUACUGUAAAUCCAUUUGUGACUCAUGAAAUUUAUGGAACCGCACGCAAAUUAACUUCCGUUGUCGCAACUAGCCAAAAAAUAUGUGAACUUUCUGAUGAGCAAGAAUGUAAUAACAAUAAGUUUGAUGAGCCAGAUAUGAAAUACUGUUUCACGAAUCAUGAAAGGAUUGUUGCACAACGCAGCAUUUCACUUCCCAGUUCAGCUACAAAUCUGAUAUCAGUCAAGCCUUGUGUGAAUUUCCGUGCAUCUCUUCCUUCUCUAUCAGCUAAAAGCUCACCAACAGUAUGUGGGCAGUGCGCUAAAACUGAUGAAAUCAGUCAACUGUGUGUAUUGAAGGGUCAGAUGUCAAUGGCUUUCAAAUAUGAAGAUCAGAAGUUCACUUCGCGUCAAUAUUUGUCAACUUUUUUCAACAGAACAUUGUUUAGUGGAGUUUCUGCAAACAAUCAGCGUCGUAGAGAUUUAUCUUUAUUGAUGGACGAAGCUAUUUUGAAUUGUGAUAGUAGUGGCUUUGAUUUAGAACGUUGGAAAAAUGAUAUCAGUUUUGCCAACUUUCUUCAGCAGCAAAAUGAUGUGGUAACACAGCAGCCAUUUCCAGUUUGUCCACUCACCAACGAAUCUUCUAGAUCAAAUAAUCCAAAACAUUGCAAAGUAUCGGUGUGGCUACGAAGCACCAUAAUUAAAUGGCAAAUUAUUAAUGGAAUGAUUCGAGACCCUUAUAAUGAAGUUGGUAAUGCAUCUUCAAAUCAGAAAGCAAAUGAGUGCAUAAAGUUUCUUCGUGAGUCUUCCGCUACUUCAGUGAAACAUAUUGAAAAAAAUACAAUACAGAAUACAGUCGUGCUCGAUACAGGUUUUAGAAAUGAUACUGCCACUUUGAAUUCUUUCUGUGUAUCUAGCUCAAGGUAUGAAUCGUGUUGUAAACAAAGGUUAGCGCAUAUUGGGGAUAGGCAUGUCACUUCAGUUGAUAAGCACUGUAGUGUUUUGUGA